AACUAAAAGCAGGACACAGAAAAACAUAGCAGGAGAAGGCUGUGGGCUUAUCCAGUGGCACUGGUUUGUGCUUUAGACUAUGGCGAUUACUGCUUCCGUGUCCUUCCUUUCCCCUUCCUCCUCACGUCUUUUCUGCCUGCAAAACCAUAAUCCUCUCUCUCAACCAUUAUUCUCUCUUCCAUUUCACUCUCACGCCUUCCCCACCUUUGCUUCCCCUCAAAAACGCCUCAAACCCACUGCCAUUCCCCAGAUCAUGACACCAAGCGCACAAGCUUCCAAUGACUCUGCGCCAAUGCUUCCUCCUUACAACGUUUUAAUCACUGGUUCCACAAAAGGAAUAGGUUUUGCACUAGCUAGGGAGUUUCUUAAAGCAGGUGAUAAUGUCAUAAUUUCCUCAAGAUCAGCUGAACGGGUGGAAUCUUCUGUUGAGAGCUUAAGAAGGGAAUUCGGGAAGCACCAUGUGUGGGGUACUACAUGUGAUGUUAGAAAAGGAGAGGAUGUGAAGGAUUUAGUUGCAUUUGCACAAGAAAACCUGAAAUACAUCGAUAUAUGGAUUAAUAAUGCAGGAUCAAAUGCAUAUAGUUACAAACCACUGGCAGAAGCUUCAGAUGAAGAUCUUAUUGAAGUUGUUACCACUAACACCCUUGGUUUGAUGAUUUGCUGUCGAGAGGCAAUAAAGAUGAUGUUGAACCAGCCUCGAGGGGGUCAUAUUUUCAACAUUGAUGGGGCUGGUUCAGAUGGAAGACCAACCCCCAGAUUUGCGGCAUAUGGGGCGACAAAACGCAGUGUGGUUCAUUUAACAAAAUCAUUACAGGCUGAAUUGCAAAUGCAAGAUGUUAAAAACGUGGUAGUACAUAAUCUUUCGCCAGGAAUGGUCACCACUGAUCUUCUCAUGUCGGGUGCUACUACAAAACAGGCCAAGUUUUUCAUUAAUGUUUUGGCAGAACCAGCAGAAGUGGUUGCAGAAUACCUUGUUCCAAACAUCAGAUCUAUCCCUGUCAAUGGAUCAACAAAGCCUACUUAUAUUCGUUUCCUCACCGGGUUGAAAGCCUAUUCACAGAUAUUCUCAAGAUUCGCAUUUGGUGCAAGAAGAAACAGAUAUCUUCUUGAAGAUUGAAAAGCAUCUGCCUUGGAGCUUGUCCUUUGUUUUGGACAAUUCUUCUUCUUCUUCUUCUUCUUCUCAUUUUUUCCCCUAAUUUAAGAAGGCUAAUUUUUGGUAAUGACUUUACUUUCUUAA